AGCCACAAGCUCACUCCUUCAGUGGUCAGCAUGUCUCAGUGGAAGAAGAAAAUCUUUAAAAGUGCCGCACUCUUUUUCUGUCUGGUGAUCACUUUUACGUUUCUUCAGAAUGGGACGUCUCCUGGACUGUUUACUCAGGACCAACAGAAAGAUUCUGGGUCCCAGAUGUUAAGCACUCAAAAAAGAGACACUUAUCCUGUUCCAGAUGGGUUCUGGGAAGCCAAAGCCAAACGUGAUCUUACAGAAGCAACUCCUAAAACAGAAUUGCAACCAACAGAGUGGGAUAUUCACUCUACUAACUGUUCUCCCAACUGGAAUCUUACCAAAAUGGAAUGGUACCGAUCAUUGGAACCAAAUUUUCAACAGUUCAUUCUCUCUCGUCAUUGCCGCUACUUUCCUAUGAUUAUUAACAACCAAGAGAAAUGCAGCGAGGAUAUUGAACUACUAAUAGUUGUGAAGUCCAUCAUUACUCAGCAUGACCGCAGACAAGUGAUCCGUAAAACAUGGGGUAAAGAUAGAGAGAUAGAUGGUAAAAAGGUGAAGACACUAUUUCUUCUGGGAACCGCCAUGAAAGCAGAGGAGAGAGCAAAUUACCAGAAACUACUAGAGUUUGAAAAUAUAAUAUAUGGUGACAUUCUACAGUGGGACUUUUUAGAUUCCUUCUUUAAUCUGACCCUAAAAGAGGUACAUUUUCUAAAGUGGAUGGACAUCUACUGCAAGAAUGUGAAAUACAUCUUUAAGGGGGAUGAUGAUGUUUUCGUAAGCCCUAAUAACAUCUUGGAGUUUCUCGAUGGCAAGAAUAACCCUAACCUGUUUGUAGGUGAUGUUUUGCAGAAAGCUCGUCCUAUACGUAGAAAGGACAACAAAUAUUACAUCCCUACCGCUUUGUAUAAUAAAACGUUCUACCCUCCAUAUGCAGGUGGUGGAGGUUUUCUAAUGGCAGGUUCUUUGGUCAGGAAGUUGCGCAAAGCAUCUGAAACACUGGAACUGUAUCCCAUUGAUGAUGUUUUCUUAGGGAUGUGUUUGGAAGUUAUUAAGGUCUACCCUAUCCAUCAUGAAGGAUUUAAGACUUUUGGUAUUGUCAGGAACAAAAACAGCAACAUGAACAAAGACCCAUGUUUUUUUAAAAAUAUGCUGGUUGUACACAAACUUCUUCCAGAUGAGUUGGGGCGUAUGUGGAAACUUGUCCAGGGUAACUUAACCUGUACACGGAAAUUCAACAUUCUUUAGUAUUGAUGCACUGUAUACUGAAGUGGACAAAACUGUAACUGUACUGUAAUGUUCUCUCCCUGGCAGGUUUAGGGAAGUUUUUUUUUUUUUUAUAUAAUAUAUUUUAUGGGAUCAAUGAUCUCUUAUGUCAAGGAAUUCCAAAGGGCACUGUCCGAGGUCUGAGAUGAAUGGUUAAAAGAAUUAUCACAAUAAAUGAGACCUUGCUUUUAGACUUGGUGUUUCAGGUUUGCAGGGGUUGUGUGUAAUGAAUUUGGAACCACCUUUGCAGAAAGCCCUAUUCUAAUAUUAACAGAGAUACUCCGAGAUGCAGUCUUCUCAUCUCGAAAGCAAGCUCCACACUGGACAAAUCUCCGCUUUGGAGUUAUGCAACAAAUCAAAGGAGCUUGGAGCAGAAACGCAGGAAUCCGGAAAAGUGUUGGCAGUUGACUGUUGGUUUUGAUUUAGGCCACACAGAAGAUGACAGUGACUUGAAUCCAAUAAGUUUACAGUAAUCCAAGACCUCAAAACCAAAGUCAAGCCAGUGAAACUUUAUUUGAUCAUAUGACUUUACCCUUCGUUUGUUCUGAAGUGUUGCUCAUAGAAGUGUAUUAAUUUAUAAAAAAAUUAAGAUUUAAAUUAAAUUAACAGG